CGAGGAUAUAAGGGAGAGCUGAUCCCGUAAGAAGCCAACCGAGACAUCGGCGAUUCCAACGGUAGCCACGAGACCCCACCGAUUCCACCAUGAAGGUGACCGUUGCCCUGGCCCUGGUCACCCUGGCUCUCUGCUGUUACUCCACCGCUGCUUCCUCUGGCAUCUGCCCAGUUUUCCUUGAUGUUGUGAACAAGCUUUUCACUGGCACUUUCCGGGAGUAUCUCCAGUCCCUCCAACCUUACCAGCCCACAGAGGUGAUGAUUGAAGCGGUGUCUGAACUGAAAGGCCUGGUGAAUCUCCUCUCCCCGGAAAACAAAGCUGCCGUCCUGCAACUGAUGGGGAAUAUGAUGCUCAGCAAGGAAUGUGGCGGCCUCCAGCCCGAAUAAGUUUCCAGACUCCCGCCCCCAUCUCCACGCUGACUCUCUUCAUCCGGACUUCCACCUCUCACUAAAUGCCUUUUCCCCACCCCCUUCUCCAAUCCUGAUACUGUCCCCCUGCUAGAAUCCUCCACAAUAAACAAAGGCUUCGUUAAAUGC